AUGAGGAUGGAAGGAAUUGGUAACGAAAAAACAAACGAGACUGAUGGCUGUUUUAAUAAAAAAGAAGCGUUACUGGAGCGCGAUGAAGCCUCGGAAGAAGAAACUAAAACAAAUAAAAAGAAAGAAGAUGAUGAUGAUGAUGAUGAUGAUGAUGAUGAUGAUGAUGAUGAUGAUGAUGAUGAUGAUGACAUUAACAAUGCUUUAAAUGAUUCGGAAAAUAGGGUAAACGCAAUGUCCUCGACAAACGGUAACCAGCUGGAAAAGUUGGAGAAGUUGGAGAAGCUGGAAAAACAAACGUCACGAGAAGAGGACCCCGAGGAAGACGAAGGCAAGGGCUCCGAUGAAGAACAGGAGAGUAAAGAGAAGACUGAAGUUGAGGAUAACAAACGUGAUAAUAAUGAAGAGUCUUCGACAUCGUCAACGUCGACCUCGGAUGAUGAAUCUGAGACGACUUCUGAAGACAAGACCGAUCCUUCAGGUAAACCGGAAGAGGCAUCACUUCUCUCACCUCCCUCACCUCUCUCACCUCCCUCACCUCCCGCCGCUGAUUCUGAUAAACCACAAGAAAAGACUGAAGAACCCGCUAAAAAUGAUGAUACCACCGACGACAGUGAUAUUGAUGACGAUCUUGUGUCGACUAUCAAUUACAACACGAUUACCUCGCUCGCCGCGUUAAAAGAUAUGCUUCAGUGUACUGGCGAAGACUCUGACAAUGUUGACAGUUUUUUUCAUCAUUACUUUUUGUCACACGUUAAUCGUUUGCCCUCAAGAAAUCAAACUCACAGCCCUUAUCCCUGGGGCAGAAGACUCUCCGAGUGCCGUGAAGAAGACGAAGAUGAGACUGAAGAAGGAAAAACAAAUGAAGGGGAUAAAUCAAAUGAUAAGAAAGUGACGAAUCAGGAGUCUCAAGAUAAAUCUGAAAGUGUAACAUCAAAAGUAUCUAGUCCAUCCUCAUCUGAGAAAUCAAGUUCAGAGAAAAUAGAUCAAAAAUCUAAUACGACAUCAAGUGUCUCGGAGUCGAGACCUCGGCCGCCACCUACUGCAUCAACAGGUUCUAGAUUUACAACGACAAUUGUUACAUCACCGACGGCUAAUAAACCAUUGUUACGUCGAAGGCAUACAUCUGGUCCUACAAUGACUUUUCCGGCAACAGAUCCUCCAAAUUACUGCAACAGCAUGGUUUUUUCUCGAACAAGUCCAUUGCCGAGUCCACAUUUGGAUAAAAGAUUUUUUGAUUCGAGUUUAAUUGAAAUGAAAAGCCAAGCCAGUAGUUCAAGUACUCUUGAUUAUGAUUCUGCUGAAGAAAUUUGGGUUAAGAGGGUUGAUUUUUUGCAGGAACGAAAGCGCAAAGAGUUGCGUUUGUCUCAGCCGUUACCAGUUAAAAAGGAUGAAAAGGAAGAGGAAAAAAAAAUUGACGUUGCCAAUGAAGAAGUUGAAGGUCUUCGUCCACGAGCAGGUACUUGGAGCCCGAAUUCAGAUAAGAAGAAAAAAGUACCUAAGCCAGCAGUAAGUAGUGCUCCUAAUUCUGGGAGAUCAACACCUUUACCUCAUCAUUCAAUAGCUGUAAACACAUCAGCAUCUGUGUCGGCAGUUGCGUUGAAAAAACAUCCUACGGCAACACGUUCAGCCUCAACUAGCCGCAGUAAUAGCCGUAGUAAUAGUGUAGAUCGAAGAAGUGAAGAACUAAGUCCUACUAAACGUAAUACCUUUUUGGGUAAUUUUCGUUCGAGAAGUAAGUCUGAUUCAAGUAAAAGAAAGUCCAGUAUUAUUGCUACCGUCAGAGCACAACUACAGUUAUAUAAAGCAGGAGGAAAAGAAUCAGGUAGUGGUGGAUCUGGUGGUGUCGGUGGUGGAGGUGAAAGUUCAACUGGAAGCUCCACGAGUGAUGUCAAUCCUGAAAGGGAAUCACGCCGAAGUCGUAAAGAUGAACGUCGUGCUUCUGCUGAUUGCAUGAGAAAUCCUGUUUCAAGAGUUAUUGAUUUACUUAGACGCAGUAAAAGUCCAAAUACAGUUGAGGAUAGGCGAAGAGGCAUCUCAGAAUCUUCAUUCGCAUCAGUCAUCGCUAUCAUCAUCAGCAUCAACUUUACCUUCCACAUCAGGAUCACAAUUAGGUCAUCAUUCUCAAGUAAUUUGUUGUCUCACCACAAUUCGAGUUCAAGCUCGAGCAACGAAUCAAAAGGCAGCCAGGAUAAAUGUUCGAUAAGUGAAGCAAAACGGUACUAUCAGCAAGACAAUUCACGAGCUCUGCAAGAACUUUUGAACAAUCAAAAGCAUACAGAAUCCCAAAAGAUUAACAUAAAUGACCGUCAGCAAUCACGUGGCUCUGUCAGCUCAAAUUAUUCAUACGGGUCUUCGUAUGGAUCCAGUCACGGGUCGUCUUCCUCAAAUUAUGGAUCCGGAAAUCCGCUUCACAGUGCCGGCAAUAAUCACAACUCUGUUUAUCAUACAAUCCACGGAUCUGGUUACACGCAUCACAGUCCUCUUCAAACUCUUUAUCAAGGAACUCAAAGAAACCAAAAUCAUCGUCACUCAAUAAGUAGCAGCGCUGGCACGCCAAUCUCAUUGAGUCCGACCAAUGAAUCUACUGAGAAACGUUCUCACCAUCAUCAUCAUCAUCAUCAUCAUCAUCACCAUCACAGUAUUCAGGAGAUGAUCAGACAUUUUGGUCGCAGACUUGGACAUAUCAGGCGUCAAAGCGAGUGUCAGGAAACUCCUAAAAAAAAUGAAAAUGAUUUCAGAAACAGAAGCCAGAGUUUAGAUGGCGCGUUAAAAAUUGCUUCCCCUCGUCUCGCCGAUGACUGCGAAACCACUUAUCGAAUUUAUGAAAGCAUUCUCAAGCAAGCGUGUAGUAAAUCCAACUUAACUCAACAACAAAAUCAAAAACUUGCUGAAUUGUGCAAUAUGCUUUUUAAAAGACAGACUAGUGAACCCACUGGUGGUAGUAGUGCUCCAGUAAAUAUCACAAAACUUUCCCCAAAUGCAAUUGAAGCCCCCUCACCGACCUCCAGUCCGACUUCCUCAAAUUUAUUUACUAAUUGGUACUCGAAAAUAACAGCAAAUGUCAAAAAACGACAGCCUUUUAGCCCAAAAACGUUGCUGAAGAAAGCUCUGUGGCUGAUUCAUUCACAAAAAGUCAACCAAAAUCAGAUUUGGAGAAACAAAAAAGCAUUAUUGUAUUGUGAAUUAUUUGGAUUUGCAGAAAAGGAUGAAACGCAGAUAUACGUGAAAUUUUUUAAAUUUCACAAAUGUUAUGAUCUCAUACCUACGAGUGCAAAAUUGGUUAUAUUUGAUACUAAGCUCGCUGUCAAAAAAGCAUUCUUCGCUCUUGUUUAUAAUGGUGUCAGAGCGGCGCCAUUAUGGGACAGUGCCAAACAACAAUUUGUUGGAAUGCUAACCAUUACCGAUUUUAUAAAAAUUCUUCAAAAGUAUUAUACUAGUCCUACGGUCACAAUGUAUCAAUUGGAAGAACAUGAACUUAAUACUUGGAGAGAUGUUUUACACAAAGAAAUUCAUCCAUUGGUAACUAUUGGACCUGAUGCUUCUAUGUACGAUGCCAUUAAAUCAUUGAUUCAAAAUAGAAUCCACCGAUUGCCUGUGAUAGACCCGGAUACUGACAAUGUUCUUUAUAUAUUAACACACAAAAGGAUACUCAAAUUUCUAUUCCUCUAUAUUCACGAGCUACCAAGACCUUCAUUUGUAGAUAAAACAAUAGAAGAAUUAAGAAUAGGAACUUAUGAUAAUAUAGCAACAGCUACUGAAGAAACUAGCAUAAUUUUAGCUCUUAAAAAAUUUGUCGAAAGGCGAGUUUCGGCCUUACCUAUUCUUGAUUCUGAAGGAAAAUUGGUUAAUAUUUACUCCAAAUUUGAUGUAAUUAAUUUAGCUGCUAUGAAAACUUAUGAUAAUUUGGAUGUUUCUCUAAAAGAAGCAACUCAACAUCGAAGUGAUUGGUUUGAAGGAGUUCAUAAGUGUAAAUUAGAUGAUACAUUGUUUAUCGUUAUGGAAAAAAUAGUAAAAGCUGAAGUUCACAGGCUAGUUGUAACUGAUGAAAAUGAAAAAGUUAUUGGUAUUAUUUCAUUAUCUGAUAUAUUAUUGUAUCUUGUUUUAAGGCCAUGUGGGACUCAAUCGACCCUUGUUGAACAAUCCCAAGAGUCGGCACGACGAGAAGUAGCAGUAUCCAGUGGUGAAUAA